AUGGCUCGGUGGACAUUAACAGGCCUUCAAGAAGGCAUGACCUACGCUAUUCAGGGUAUCGCUAUCGUGCUUCAGAACCCCAACAUCAGAAAAGAACGCUUUCUCAAGAUUUUCAUAUACCUGUCGAUGGUGUCAUUCAUAUUACUGGGACUCACCAAUGUCCUGAUAGCCAUCCCCAUCCAUGUAGUAAGAUUCAUACUGUGGUUUUCCACCAGUGACAAGGCAUCGCAGGCAGACGGAGCACUGGAGUCAGCCAAUCGUUUUGUACGCGAAAUAGUUGCAUCAGUGCCCCUGUUAGCACUGCUAUUUAUGCGCUACGUCUAUCCCAAGCCAUUGGAUGAUUUGUUUAUGGAAUCGUUGCGAUAUCUGGAUUCUAUUCACCCUGAUCGGGCACCCUAUGCCAGCAUUCUUGGGCAACAAAAGUUCAAGAGACGAUAUUGGGCAGAUAUGAAGGAUUACAUGCUCAGAACAUGGAAAAAGGUGAGAUUGGGCUUGUUGCUGCUGCUGCUCUCCAUGAUACCCUUUGUCGGUCGAUUUGUAUUUCCUGCUGCUGGUGCUUAUACUACCUAUAAGGCGCUGGGCAAGACACAAGGCAUUGUUGUCGGUAUUUGCUUCUUCUUCCUUCCAAGAUGGGCCACCAUGAAGCUUGUGCGUGCUUUGAUUGGAAUGAGAUCACUCAUGCGCGAACUAUUAGCUCCUUAUUUUGUAAGAAUGCGUAUGUCUCACAGGGAGAAACGUAGAUGGUUUAGUGGGCGUAAGGAUGUUCUGUUUGGCUUCUCCGGUAUUGCAUAUAUUAUCAUUCGCUUGCCUAUAGUUGGUAUCAUUGGAUAUGGUAUAGCUCAAGCUGCUGCUGCCUACAUGCUGACUGUUGUCACAGAACCACCCUCCAAGGACAUUUUUACCAAGAAAUUAGAUGAGCACGAAAACAGUGUUGAUAAUCUCAAGUUGCCAGAUCAGCUUACAGAAAUCAAUCCUAAUAAAAAGAUGGAUUAG